CCCGACACGUCGAGUGAAAUUCCUCGUUCCUUUCUGACUGCAGUAGCCUGCUCAAAAGUCGUGCUCAAAAGUCGUGCUAUCAGUGUAUCUUGUUUAUUUGCUGAUAUCAAGCAACGUGUCAUUUGUGCAAGUCCUCGUUAGAGUGCCGCGAGUACUGACUCCCGAUAGCCAUGGAUUCUCUCCCAGCAGCCGAUAUUGAAAAAGACUCAUAUCGCCCCACUACUCCAUUACGGACGGCAAAUAGAGUAAAUAUACCCGAUUUACAUCAUGAUAAACUUGCAGUCGCAUUGUUUCCUAUUGUAUUGGACCAACAGCCGGAGUCGCCAGCAUGGCAGCAAAUAAUGCUAGACAUCCAAACGCACAUCGCUCGUAUGAGGGAGCACAUACAUCCAAGCGAUUUGGGAUUCUAUGGACAUCUACAGUCGCAAUCUAAGGCGGAGGAAGAUAUCGUUGAUGCAAUCGAGGAGUUACGGUCAGCCAAGGAGUGGCCGCUAAAAGUAGCAUUCGAAAGAUGGAAGAGCAAAGAUCCAGCGAGGAAAGAUGAGUACUGCUAUGCGAUCUUUCGAAAGGCGAUCGCAUACUGGUACCAUUCAAUGGUCGCGCAGUUUGGACCGACAAGCAUCUCGAAAUCCCGGGCACACUUUGGCGAGAAGAUUUACUGGGACAUCGGCUUAUCAUUCCAUGCGAAUAUGGUGCGGCAGCUUCGUCCUUCGUCGGUGGCCAUGCAGGGAUCUCUGCCACACGCAUUCACGAUGGCGAAUCUAGUCAAAUACCACGGACUCCAGAUCGUUUGGAUCAAAGAUUUGCAAUUACAUCUGAAACUCGCUGUGUUCGACGAUACCAGAGUACUUUGCAUCUACGAUGACCCUCAAUGCAUCGAGUUACUCAUCCGCACCUUCGACGAAGAGAAGAGUGCUUACAAGCGGGAGUUUCUACACGAGAUCCUCGACACAUUGAACCUGCUUUUCCCGCCAUUUAGCAGCGACACGAUGGAUCUCUUGAAGAAGGAGGAGGGAAUGCAGGUACACCGCGAAUUAUUCCGACUUCGCAAUCUGGAUUUGUCGGAUUAUCCGAUGUAUGGGGAGAGACUCAAGCACAUUUUGGACAUUUACAACGGACCGACAACGCAUUGGUGGCACUUCCUUUUUGAUAGAAGAAAUAAGAGAGAGCAUUUUACCCAGUUGGUAGCGUUAUGGGCGUUCGUUUUUGCGUUUUUAAGUCUCGCGUUUGGCCUUGUAUCUGCGGUGUAUUCUGCGAUGCAGUACCAACUGAGCAUCGAGGUAGCCUGUGCUGAGUUUGGAGAUCAUCCUCGGUUGAGCAAACAUUGCAAAUGAUAUUAUUUGAUCGUGGCCUCUUUUGUCACGAGGAAGUCGAAUGUUCUGGAGGUGUCGGGUUGUCAUUCGGGUACCUCCGCGGGUUCAAACUGCAUUUCGUACUGGAGUUGUCGGGGGAGGAAUCUAGACAGAAUUAGCCUCGUAUCGUGACCUGCUUCCUCGUGAACAUAAAGGAUCAAUAAAGCAUGCGUCAUGUCACAUGUCUACGCCUUCUU